AUGCACCAAAUUCCAAAAAGGGGCGACCACAUCCAAUUCCAGAAGUGGGCGGAAGAGUACGGACCGAUUUUUUCCCUCAUCGUCGGCAGCAAAACGAUCGUCGUGCUCUCGUCAAUCAAGGCCAUCCAAGAGCUGGUGGAAGAUCGCGGCUCCAUCUACGACGACCGUCCGGAGCUUUUCCUGGUAAACAAGAUUGGCCACGGUACCUGUCGGGCGUUUGUGAUGAUCAUCCAGCGUGGAUUCAACCAACGGAGGAUCCACGCCUACCGGCCGCUCCUCGACAUGGAGACGAACAAAAUGUUGUACGACAUUCUUACCCGACCGGAGACGUUUCAAGCGCAGUUUUGCCGAUUCUCGGCUUCCAUGGUUACGCGCGUCGUCUACGGUUGGCCGGUUCUGGCCAUCCAUGACGCAAGAAUACGGCAGCUGCAGGCUCAUGUUUGCGUCCUGUUCAACACCAUGAAAAGCGUCGCCGCCUCGUUGCUGGAAUACAUGCCCAUCUUGAGGCCGGCACUCUCCCUCUUUCCGUUCCUCUGCCAAGGAGCCAGUCGGGUGUUUGUGGAGGAGUACAAGCUCAUGUCGGAUUUGUAUGCGGCAUCGAGCAAGGAAUCAGGAGAUGGUCACAGACUAGAGGCAACCAUCUGCAAUGAUGUAUCCGAAGCGCAGGACAAAGGUGCCGUGUCCCCGUUGCUGGCCGCACACAUCGGUGGAGUGUUAUUGCAAGCCGGCGUGGAGACGAUUGAUCACACUCUCUCGCAGUUUGUGCGGGCCAUGAUACUGUAUCCCCAUGUACAGUCCCAAGCACGAUCUGAACUGGACGCCAUCUGCGGAAGCCGGCUGCCGACGAUGGAGGAUUAUGAUUCCUUGGUCUUCAUCCAAUGUUGCGUCAAGGAGUCGCUGCGUUGGUUUCCUGCCGUCCCCCUGGGCUUCCCUCACAAGGCAGGCCGAGACAACGAGUACUCGGGAUACAGAAUUCCCAAGGACGCGACGGUCAUCUUGAACGCCUGGGCAGUGCACAUGGGCGACGGCGCGUUCGCAAACGCCAUGGCCUUUGAUCCAAGUCGGUUUCUGAACGAAAUCCAAGCCGGCGUAGGUGCUGCGAACGGGGCAAAUCUGAAGCAGCGGAAUCACCUCGCCUUUGGUGCCGGACGGCGAACAUGUCCCGGCAUGCAGUUUGCAAACCAGUCGCUAUUCCUGUCCAUGUCGCGGCUGCUGUGGGCGUUUGACUUUUGCAUGGCCACCGACGACGACGGCAACGCAGAGGAACCCCGGCUCGAAGUGGAAAGCUCGGGUCUCACCGCCGUGCUGCCGCCGUUCAGGGCCGUGAUCCGGCCGCGGAGCCAGAUGCACGCGGACAAGGUCACGGCAGCGUGGGAAGGCUGCCGUUUCUAG